GAGCAACAGAGAAGAAGAAGCAGAGUAGUGAGAGAGUGAGCAAGAGAAAAAGCUUCUUCCAAUUGGAGUUUUUGCUUGGCGGCCCCAUCGAACGAGAGAGAGACAGAGAGAGAGUGCGUGCGAGUGAGUAAGAGUGUGUGUGUCCGAAGAGGAGAGCGCGGCACGCGGAGGAAUUUCUGUUGUUGUCACAGCGCGUAUUUAACAAAUUGAUAAUGGCCAAUCCGCGUAAAUUUAGUGAGAAGAUUGCCCUGCAGAAGCAGAAACAGGCUGAGGGCACGGCCGAAUUCGAGAGGAUAAUGAAGGAGGUGUAUGCUACCAAAAUGGAUGAUACACAAGGGACGCAUCAAAAGAUAAUGGAGGGACAUCAGGAGCAACAACAGCAACAAGUGGUCAGCAAUCCAUCGCCAGGCGGAGUAGGAAAUAAUGGCAGUGGAUCGGGUAGUGGAGCCAGCGGUGGUGGUGCCUCACCAGAUGGCAUAGCAGGUGGCGGUGGCGGCGGAGGAGGUUCACCCACAGCUCAUCGGGAAAGUCGUGGACGUAGUGUCGGAGUUGGACCCAUGCGUCGACCAUCGGAACGUAAACAAGAUCGUUCGCCAUAUGGCAGCGGCACCGGCAACCAAUCACAGACCAUGGACAAUGGCCAAUUGAAUCCCAAUUUUCUUGGUCCACCCACAACAGAGAGCCUGUGGCGUCGCUCUAGUUCAGAUUCGGCAUUGCAUCAAAGUCUUAAUAUGGCAGUGCAAGCGGAAACUGGUUUUGCCACCGACAUGAAUUCGCUGCAUGCCAAUUACCUCCAGCAACAGCAGCAGCAACAGGGAAAUGUACUCCAACAGCAGCAGCAGCAACAGGAGUCUUCGCGAGUCCAUCAACGAUCUCACUCGCCCCUGCAGCACAUAGGACGCAGUUUUAGUCCACAAGCACAAAGAAGGAAACCUACGCCAUUGCAGCCGCAUCAAGUGCAAUUGCAACAUCAGCAACAACAGCUGCAGCAACAAUUGCAACAGCAUCAAUUGCAGCGGCAACUCCAGCAGCAGCAGCAGCAACAACAGAUGCAACAGCAGCAACAUAUGCAGCAGCAACAAAUGCAGCAGCAGCAGCAUCAACAUCAGCAGCAGCAACAACAACAACAGACAACGCCAUAUAACGCCAAAUUCCCAAAUCUAUUUAGACCGCUGCAAGAGCAAGCCAACUAUGCCAAUACGGGUUCCUUGCCCGAUCUCACCGCCCUGCAGCAUUAUGCCCCCCAGCAGCAACAGCAACAACAGUCACAGCAACAGCAACAACAAAUACAGCAAACAUUAUCACCUGUAAUGUCACCGCACAAUCAAAGACGUGAUAGAGAUCAAUCGCCCAGUCCGUUUAGUCCAGGAGGUGCAGGCGGGGGUGGCGGUGGUCCUGGAUCUCCCUAUCAUCAGCAACAACACUCGCCCACAUCCAAUGCCAAUGCCAAUACCGCAGCCGCCUCUCCUCAUCUAUCCUUUACCAAUUUGGCCACAAAUAGUUCAACACAAGCCCCCGUUACGGUGAACACAUUCAAUCCUCUGCCCACAUUAGGAUCAACGAAUUCGUCAUCGGCCAAUUUAACGGAUUAUCGUCAGCCACCACAACCGCCUAGUCCAAGAUCCUCGCCGGGUCUCUUAAGCAGUGUAUCGGGCAGUGAUUUGCAUACAAGUGCGCCGGCCAGUCCCAUACGACAUCAUCAGCAUCAUCAUCACCACCAUCAUCAUCACCAGCAGCAACAACACCACCAGCAACAGCAGCAUCACCAGCAGCAGCAACAACAUCAGCAGCAACAGCCACAAUUUGAUGGCUCCUACAACAGUCUGAAUCCCUCAUUUGAGAAUUUCACCCUGGGCGAUAGCAAUUCAUCGCCAGAGCAACAAUCAUUCGCCCAUAGUUAUGUCGGCUUGGAGUUUGAUGAAUUCAAUGAGACUGCAAGCUGUGGGGUUGAAGGACCUGGCGAAGUCAGCGGUAAUGGUGGUUCAGUGGGUGGCGGAGGUGGUAAUGGUGGCGGUGGUGGUGCAGUGAUCCUAACCAAUGGUUCCAACGGUCCCUAUCAUAAACAACAAGAGCUGUUAGACUUUAAUGACUUGAGUGGCAGUCCAGAUGGUGAUAAUAAUCUGAGAAGAGUCAAUAAUCUGAAUAAUAAUAGUCACAGUAAUGGUGGUGGUGGUGGCGGCGGCGGCGGCAAUGGAACAUCAAGUCAGGAUGGAGUCACUACGCACAAUGGCGGCAGCACAAAUGGCAGUACCCAAAGAGGGAAUGGUGUAACCAAUAACAAUGACAGAGCAAACAAUAGUAGUAGUGGUGGCGGCGGCGGUGGUGGAGGAGGCGGAGGUGGUGCCAGUUCUACGGAUGCUCUUCCUUCCUCGCCUUUAAAUUGUGGCGGUGGUAGCAGUUCACCGUUGCCCAUACCCAUACCCAAUAUAUCGGCAUCUGCACAUCAGCAAUUGUCCUUAUCGUUACAUCAUUCACCGCAUCAUUCGCCUAUGCAUUCGCCACAGCAUCAUGGAGGUAAUUCACCUUUAUCUACUAGUUCGCCCGCCUGCAAUUCAAAUGUUCAAGUGGUGAUUAAUCAUCACCAGCAACAGCAGCAACAUCACCAGCAACAGCAACAUCACCAGCAGCAACAACAACAACAGGCACAACACCAGCAGCAGCAGCAACAUCAUCACCACCAGCAGCAACAACAACAGGCGAAUAUACCAUCGAUUAUAUUCAGCGAUUAUUCCUCAACCAGUGAGAUAUUCGAUUCACUUGAUCUAGAUUUGGGCCCAAUGGAUGUGGCUGGCUUACAAAUAUUAUCCGAUCCAAAUCCCAUUAUGAUUGCCGAUCCCAAUAUUGAGGAUAGCUUUCGUCGCGACCUUAACUGAUACUAUGAGGAGGCUGUUGCGGCCAUCGAGUGCGGUGUUCUGCUCGAGGAUACCUUUGAGGAGGUGAAAUUUGAUGUGGCAGUGGCGGCGGCAGAGGUACUUCAUCCCGAGCAGAACAAUAGCAACAGCAACGAAGAUAUCAGCAGCAUCAGAACAAGUGAAACAACCAAUAAAAAGGAUCUCGAAAUUAUCGAGCUUCUAGUGCAUCCAGGUGUUAUCGAUGAUAAUGAUCAACAUGACCAUGAACGAGAUCAUUUGGUUGAUUCCAGUGAUUUGGAUGACGAAGUGCGUAACUUUUUCUUCUAAUCUAAUCGAAAAAAAAAACAAACGAAAAACCAAAUGUUGUUGUCCCUGCGCCCGCAUAAGUGUACUUGUAAUUAUUGGAGAUGCAGUAACCGAUUUCUGUAAUCGAUAACAAAACGGCGAGAGCAAAAGCUAUUUUCUAAUGUGAAUUGUCGUGAUUGUAAUUGUCGAUAUUCGAAAUGAAAGUAAAUACCUACUACUUACUAAACCUA